UGAGCCUGCGCCCCGUCCUGGAUUAAACACAUGAUCCAGCAGAGCCUCCGGCUAUCAUUCUGAAGUACCUUGAUCACGACAUGGCACGGGCGUCUAGGAAGCAAAGGCUCACCAGGCAAGAAAUCAAGUAAGUGGCCAAGAAUGUGCUUGUAGCUUUGCAAGUGUUGCAUGGAGACGGCCUUUUUUUUCGAGCCCCUGAAGUUCAUCCAGAGAUUCCAUGGGGCACUGCUGCAGACAUCUGGAGUUUUGAAGUGACGAUUAGUUGACUUCAAUUUCUACAUCUUUGAGCCGGAUGUACUAGAAAGCCACAAGUUGUACGAUGUCAAGAUCCUCGUGCUGCAUCACCUGUGGUUUGGACGCUUCCCUGUCUUUUACAAAAUUAUUUGCGAUCAGGAGACACAAGAGAGUAUUGUGCGCAUCAUGUCUGUAAUCCCGCCUGAAAACCUGAAGCCGUCACGGUUCCUGCGUGAAAGGGAGAUCUGUGAUGCAGACAAGGCAUUUGUUCUUAGGGUUAUGAAGCUUGACCCGAGGGAUCGGUUUACCGCGAAGGACAUUUUGCAAGAUGAACAGUUUACCGAAAAGUCGGAGAAGACGGUGGGAUGGUAUCCCAGACAGGAGUGGAAGGGAAUGCAUCAGAAGGGCAGAUAACAGUAGAUCCAGCGAGAUGUCUGUUUCCAAUAGUGAGUAGGUCUGUGUGGAAGAUAACAAUUAUUUGGAGCAUUAUCAGCAACGAAAUGGAUCUGCAAGAUAUGCCCCAUGUGCUAUUCUUUAGAAAGGAAGUACUGCACUGGCUACGUAUCAUAUCUAUCAGUAGCUGACACGAUCCCCAGACUAGUAGUGUCUAGUGACCGAGCUAGUGCCGAUAUGCCUGCCUCUCGGCCGUCAACUUCUCCCUUCUCACUUAUUUUCCGCAGCAAUUAUCUUGUCAGCCAUCGCUGGCAGAGUGUCUGCCAUGACGUCCAUCUCUCCAAAUAAUUCCACAAUUGGCUCCUUUUCCCAGAUGGUGCAGUACGCUCCUUUAUAC